AUUGCACGAAAGCGCAAAAUCACGGUAAGUAUGGUUCUCACUUAUUUCGCUGCAUGAUACAAAACCGAAUAUCGAGAAUCUGACCUCAUUUAGCUGUUUUCAAGUGUCAAUUUUCUACGAACGUAUCUCAUUUAAUGAUGAAGGAGAGUAUUAAUCUGAUGUAAAUUGCUGCUCAUGAUAACAAAACCAGAAGCUUGGCGAAAUACUUGAAAUAGGAGAUGACCCCAGGCAAUAUUGCCGAGCGAAAGGCAAAUUACCACGACACGAACAAGUUUUACCACAAGUAAAUGUUAUCUUUGAAUUAGUGAAGGCAGAGCAUAUUUGCCUGAAAUAAUCCUUUUAAUCAAGGAAGCCUAAGAGGAGGAUUUUGAGUUCAGCGUACCUUUUUGGCACUAGUAGUUUAGAGAAACUUGACCCGACAAAGCACUUGAUAAAAAUAAACGAGAAAAGAACAAGUAUUGUCAACACAACAUUGUGACAUUUUUUUUUCUUUUUUUGCCUUAACUGGAUUAUACUAAGAUUUACAAAUGCGCGAUAUCAAAAUCGAAGCUGAAAUCAUAGUUCACUAAUGAAAAAAAUUCGGAAACCAAAAUUUUAGAAUACGAUUCGAACCCUAUCGCAAAAGAUUGACACAAAAUAGUGGAAGACGGAUGAUUUGAUGUUAACAACAAGGCCUCGUAAAAACCAAAAACAGUAAUCAAUGCGCGUUGUUUCGACUCGUAUAAUUGGGAACAUUACAAGAUUCUUCGGUUGCGUCAAAGUGGAAGCGUCAGGCGAGCCCUCUCUGAGCAAAAGCUUGAAUUUCCCACUACUGAAAUUUGCAUGCACGCAACCACUGUCAAUACCUUUCUGGAACAGACCCAAAGGUGAGUGAAAUGCAAGACUCGUUGACUUAAUAACGAUCUGCAUGUUUGCCUAGACAAACUCACCUCUCAAGUAAACAAUUCACAUUUCUAUCAGAAGCACAAAGCACUGAAAUAGUAAAGAGCUUCAUGCUUCACUCAAGUCAAUGUAAAAUCGACGAUUAGCCGCGACGAAGAUCAGUUCCUAUUUUAGUUCACGUUGCUGACUGAUCAGCGAAGCAGAACCAUAGAAGCUUUUAAUCUUUAAAGAAGCUAAAAACAAAAUCUAACUUCUAAGGUCAUCUUCAAAGUUUAAUGUUUUACUGAGAGCCAUUUCCGUUGCCUUAACUUACCUUGUGGAGACAUAACAAGCAGGAAAAUCAAUAAGACGAAGCCAUAUCCCCCCAAGUUGUCCAUGUUUCGUGUUGCAUAUCUGCAAAAAACAAACCCCACUGUCGGUUUUUGUCAAUGUGUCCUAUUAUGGAAAUUGAUUCAAAGGAAAGCACAGUGAUUGGCUGGCGAGGAAGAACAGAUGUCACUUUCUUUACAACGUUUGGCGGCUAAAUGAUUACAGGUCAUUCGUGAGCGAAAUAAGAGAAAAUUGGCGCUAUUGUAAUAGAACCAAUCGUAAAUAAGGCUAUUUUUUUUCGUCGGGAACAACAAAGGAUUUCGUUAAAUUAGAGUUAAGAUGUCGAGAAAGAAUGCUUUUUAUCCAUCGCGUCCAGGGAAAUGAAUGACUUCUUACAAUGCCGACUCAUUAGCAUGCAAAGCACAACUUUGCCAAAUACUCAAACAAAGGUGGUUUUGAGGCUUUUGUAAGAAAUUUCUAGUACCGGUAGCGAAGCGAUGCUUUCACAAAAUGGUGCGGAAUCUGUUUUCCUUUACUUGAUAUCCGAGAAAGCACUCGCUCUCUGUUUUUCUUUCUUUCCAAACUUCCAUUUAGAACAACUUUUAAAAUGAGACCAUCGAGGUGCUUCAUAAUUGAUUUAAAAAGCUUUUUUUUUCCAGUCAUUUAAUGACUUCAGAAGAACAGAUGAUAAUUCUAUAAUAGCACUGGCUGACUUCCUCGAAUUUAAUCGUAUUGUAUUUCUUUCCUUGAGUUGCCACCCACAAACUUUCUGUAUUCUGUUUUCCGACUGGAAAGAAAAUAAAUUAAACUUACUUGUAAAGAUGUGGCCCGACAUGGCAAGGCUAUUUUUAAAAUGGUAACCCAAAUUUAGGGGUAGACGUGAAAAUAUUUGUUAUUUUAUCCUGUUUGUUUUAGGAGUGUCUGGGAAUGGUUUUGAAUCAUGGGCCUAAAAGGUGUUGUUAUGCCUGUUAAAAGGUAGGCUAUUGAAUUUAUUCAGCUUUCUGGUAUACAAGUGUCAUAUUUUCAUGUUUCGUUUCUUUUUCCCAAUCAAUAGCAUCCAGAGUUCCUUGCGCCGUUUGCGGGAAGUUCAAAUUUCUAAACAACCAAUCAGAUCAUCGGACUUUCGGUUGCAAUCUGCAACGUAUUGAUGGAAGAGUAGAUCGAACACAAAAUAACGUGUUAUUAUUCAGCUUUAUUAUUGGUUUUUGCUAGUGACAGUCUGAUUUCUACAGUUUGUUUUGGUGAGUAUUUUGAGAUAAUGCGCGCUAUAAUUCAGCUUAACGGUUUCCAUAAUCUUCGAAGAUGUCUACGUACUUAAAGAUACCAUUAAUUCUUUUUAAACUACAAGGUAAUGUAGAAAAAGUAAGCGUACUGUUUUAGAAUCUGUGAAAUUCACAAACCUCGUGCGCCGCAGAAGCUUUUCUCUAAGGUCACCUAUGCAUUCGAAAACUUCGUACUUCAAACAGAUCGAUGGUUUAGUGGAACUGAUUCGGCGAAACUUCUGUUAUAUGCAUAUUUUUUUAUAAUUUCAACUGAAUAUUGUAGAGUACUGAUAUGGCAAGCUUAGCAUUUUUAGCAUCAGUUAUUCUUAUAAAAUACCUUACCCUGUGACGAAAACAACCAAUGCAAAUUUUGACUUUUUACCGGUUAAGAACGACCAGAGAAAGAGAAUGAAUUGACCAGCCUUAACAUAUAUUUUCAAAAGCUUAAAAGGCAAGGUUAAAAACCAAUGCGAUUGAAUUGAUUUACCAUGAACCUUUAAUACUUCUGCAGAUAUUAAAUAUUUUUAUAACCGCUGGUUCCAGUUCAAGAAGGACUAAAAAUGGAUCCUACAGAAGUCCAAGUGGUAAGUCAACAACUGUAUUAGCUCGUAAUCAUUUAUAUAACAGCAGAGAUUCCAACCCUCCCGAUUUGAUCGGGAGUCUCCCGAUUUGAUGUCUUGCCUCCCGCUCUCCCGAUUUUUACCAAAUUCUCCCGAUUUAUCAUAAAAUUCUGAAAACUAGGGGAAAAUUGCUAAUCUUUAGAAUUUUUGGCGAUCUGUCGCUGUGAAACACUCAUAUUAUACUUACUUUCUUCGCGAAGAGCAUUAUGGUAUGUCAUAACUCAGGCCGGAAUGAUGUCAAAAUUCAGGAAAUGGCACUUGAGAGAACCUAAAUUUGCAAAAUUUCCCGGGGGCAUGCCCCCUGACCCCCCUAGAAGCUCGCGCCUUUGGCACUAAUAAUUACUCCCUAUUUUCCAUCACAUGGGGUUGGAAUCUCUGUAACAGUGCGUGAAGAGGCACUGUAAGUCAGGGUAAAAUAUCUGGCCUAAGAACACAGAAAAAUGAGGCAAGGGAGUUCUCAAACCCAGACCCUCUGAUUGUCAGAUGAUAAGCUCCCACUGCUAUGCAAGUCAAUCUCAUAGUGACAAGCAUAAUUUACCAAUACUGAUGUACAGAGUAGUUGUUGAUAACUAACAAUUCAAAAACUUCAUUGUGUAUACUACUGACAGUACUGUAUUUAAAGUUUGAUGAUAGUAAGGAGAGAAGCUGAUGGGGGGAGGGAAGGGUGACCUCGUUUCAUGGACAAGAUGCAAAAUUUAUGUGUGACAUGUACUUUAGAUAGUAUUCAAUACAUCAUAUAAACUUCAAAUUUCUCCUUACCUUGUAGGAUGAAAAAUAAAAUUUACACAUUAUUAAUUUUGGGUUUAACCACUGAUCACGCGAAAAAAAAACUUUGACACCCUCAGUAAUCUUUCUUUUUCCUUCUAGCGUUCUCCAUUAUCAACUCAAGAUCAAAAUAUAAUGGCUAACAAACAAAUUGGCAAACCUCAAUUUGUCAGCAAACUGAGGCCUCCAUCAGCUGUUAAGAGGCCUCGUGAACAAGCUUUCACUAAAGGAGUACCACCAAACUGUGAAGUAUGUAUUGAUGAUAAUGAUGCUGUGCAACAUUAAAAUUCUGUAGGUUUUAACUUUUGGGGAUUGUUUAUGAUCUGGGGAAAUAAAUUACUGUUAGAAAAAUCUUGCAAUAGAAAAUGAAGUGAAAAAUGUUCCUUUUUCUGUCCAUUUCACGACUCCAGUGAGGUAGGCUGUGGGUGGGGUUAAGCUUUUCAUCGUGUCACUUUUUUGUGUAAUAAGGCAUGAGAUUUGCCUCAAACUCACCAAGUACAGUAGAAUCCUGCUAACUCAAACUCCUAAGAGAUACAAAAAAUUGUUCAAGUUAGCAGUGUUUUGAGACAGCUGAUAGUGCAUGACUAAAAAUGAAAUCGAGGGAAAUCAGAUCUUCAUUGAGUAACUAGGCGUUUCAGUUAACCAAAUUUAAGUUAGCAGGGUUCUACUGUAAUAAAAGUUGAUACUUUAUGAAAUUAGGUUCCAAGCACGAUUUUAAGUUGUCUUGAACUGCAAAGAGUUCUUCUCAAAGAAUGCAAAAAAUGAUAAAAACUUUUGUAAAUUCACUUGCCACGAGUUAAUGGGUUUACUUUCAAUUCUGAAUUUUUACUGAAGACAGGUUGUAGUUUUUUUUUUUUUAACUAUGAUGGGUAUCUGCUGGAAAGAUAAUUCAUUGUGAUCUUUUUUAUAUAAAUUAUCUGUUUACAAUUAGAGUGGUUGGUAGUGUAAAUCAAUUGUGUUUUCAUUUCCCAGAUAUAGUUGCUAAACUGAGUUCCAUGAGGCAAUGAUUCUUAACAGAAAAAAAAUUUAGUGGCAUCAACACGCAAUUUUGUUUUUAACUCCUUUGUAAAAUUUAUGAUUUGAUCACAGCCUGCAUCCAAAAUGAAGAAAUCGUCAUCACAAACCUCUUUAAAGUCUGCACCACAGGACAAAACAGUAACAACAAAAUCUACAGUUUUGUCAUCUUUAAGGAGGCAAACCUCAGCCAGCACUGUAAGACGAGGUACUUCCACUCAGGCACGACCAGCUGCUGGGAAUCUUUCUGCUGUUACCAAAAGACAAACAAUAGCAACAGUAGCUGCAAAUGUAAAUAAAAAUGCCAGUUCAAAGGGUUCUGCCACAGAUUCAUUGAUGGGAGCAAAAGGUUAGUAAAGAAAAGAAAGAUCUUGAAGAUGUGCAUUCAGAUUACAGAUGAUCACUAGUGAGUUGAAAAUGGAUGUUAUAAAUUCAUAAAUCAUGCUAUUUUUUUCUCCAAAGCGCAUCUUUUCCCCAGCUGAUUAGAGAGCUAAACUAAACAAAAAACUUAAUCAGAUUUCAAGGAAUGUUUGUGCAGCAAGUUUGCAACUUUUGUCCCCAAAAUGUUUACUUUUUUUCCAAGAAAAUGUAUGAGUAGCAUCAAUUUUCUACAAUUUUAGAAUAAUGGCAAUGAUGAGAUCCUUCAGGCUGAAUACCAACAUUUUUGGGCUGUUAAAUCUUAAGUUACAGUUUUAAAAUGAAUGCAUUCAUUAAAAGUGGUCGUUGAACUUCUUGUCUGAGAAAUUUUGAUCUGAAAUCAAAUCAAAUUGCACUACAUGCUUGUUUGAUUUUAAAAUCACACAAUAUAAUUCCAGAGCAAAUUGCACGCCAGUUGGUUCAAUUACCAUCAUAAAUCACACUUUAGAGAGCCAAUCAGAUUGCAAGGAUUACCAGCCAUUUCAAAUACUUCAUAUGCAAUAAGAGAAUUCUGAUGUAAAUGCCCAAAUCACUUUUUUACUUUUUUCUCACUUCCUUUUUAUUUUCAGGAAAGAAAAGGCCUGCAUGGGAUUAUAAAGGAAGACUGGAAGAUAUGGAAGGGUUGAUGGCAAAAUCCAAGUCCUUCAUGGAAAACAUGACGAAGACAAUUGGAGAUAAUCAGGAUAGGAUAGGUUUUCUGGAAUCUUUAAACAAACAACUGGAGGGUACUGUGCAAGUUAAACAUCAACAAACUGAAGAGGUUAGUUCAUUUGUAUCUUUCCCUCCCUCUGGCUUUCCUUAUUUUCUUCUUUGCUUACUUCCUUUCAUUAGGCCAUGACUCUCUUACUUAUUGGCUUUGCCACUCGAUUCUUGUUUGCGUGUAUGCUUUGUUAUCUUCCAUCCUUUUGUCAUUAUUCUUGUCUCCUUCCCUGCCUUUUCUUUCUUGCUUGCCAAUGCCUGAUUUCUGGCUUCCUUAUUUCCCAUCAGUCUCCUGAGAUGCCAUCUUGUAAAACCUUUCCUACACACUUGCAUUUUACUUUUCUCUCUGGCUUUAAAUACAUUUCUCUUUGCUCACUUAUUUUAAUACUAACAAUAACUGGGCUGCCUGAGAGGGGAGGGGGGGUUGAAUAUCCAGACUGGGAAAUUAUCAGAGCAGGGUUUUAUCAAAGAAGUGUGAUUAAAAACUUAAAGAGAGCCAAAAAAAAUGUUUUUUUUUUCUUUUCCCUUUUUGAGUUGUUAGCUAGAAUUAUUGAGUACCACAUACAGUACGCGUUUCUUAGGUUGAAAACGGAAACAAAUACAGGCAUUCCUUUAUACAGGUAUUCCUUUUUUCUGUAACUCUAUCUAGCCCAAACGAAUAACUUAUACUCCACAGUUUUUGUCUUGAGGAAGGAGGGCCCAAUAGAAAUGCGCUGGAUUUUAUUAAAAACUUCAAGUUUUGGACAGAGGCUCCAUGUAAGGAGAGAAAGAGUCGUUUAAAGCGUGUGCGGUACUCAAAUUUUGAAUUAAUCCCAUGAAUUUUCAGGCCUCAGCCAAAAUACAGGAUCUUCAAAUAAAACUAACAAGCGCUGAGGAGGAGGUAAGGUCUCUUCAGUUGAAACACGAGUUUGAGAUAGAAGUGGAGAAAAAUGCCAGGAAAUGCCUACAGCGAGAGAAAGACGGUUUAGAAAACGAUCUUCACAUUUCCAAGCAAGAGAUCAUAGCCUUAAAGUCGACUGUAGCUAAAAUGACAGCAGAUUCACUCGGAAUAAGCACGGAACUACAGGCUACCAAGGUAAGUUUGGUCUAAUUCCUGUUUACAGGAGGUGCUGUUCUGGAAUUUUUGCCCCUCCCAACUCUUCCUCUUCUUAAAUCCUCCCUAAUCGUAGCGACCACUAAGACCAAAGAUCAAUAUCACCAAGGGCCAAUGAGAGCUCAGCAUACUGCCCGAAGCGCGGGAAAACGUAAUUGACGAAGUCGUGAUUGGCUGAGGUGUUGAUAAUGUUACUGGUUAAGAAAGUGGUGCGAGUUUCUGACCAAUCACAGAGCGAAGUUAAGCAAAACGAAAGCAAUCCUAGAUGACCUUCAACACUCAGUUAAAAAUUCCUCUUCUAUAGCUGAUUGGAACCUUUCUUUAAAAUUAGUAGAGAAAACAAAAGCUUAAAAGGCCUAAAUAUCAUUUAAGAUGACAUCAGUGCGAAAAGGAAGAGACAAGAAAGGAACUUUGUGAUAUAAUAUAAUAUAAAUAGCCUAACUUCUUUUUGAAUCUAAAAAAUUAAUUAUGGCUAGUCAGAAGACUGGGUUUUCGCGCGGUUUCCGUGUUUUCUUAUUUUGGUCAUUUACCAAAACUAAGUACAAAGAUAAAACAAAGUAAGAUAAGAAUUUGCAGUUUAUCACAAGCUGAGGUAUCAAAAGACGAGGGAGUGAAACUGCAUUAUAAACUUGAAAACUUAAGAGUAAACUUUCUUUAAUUAACUCGAUAAUUUCCUGUGGGGAAGCGUCGACGUGAAUCUCCUCCGUCAAGGAGUUUUUUUUACCUUCACAUUUCGUUGUCUACCGAAUAAGAAUUUUCGUGCGUAAAUGCAGCAGCAAAUCAGAUCCGCCUUACACGCUAGCAAAGAUUUUUCUUUGACGUGGUUCAAUUUUUUUUCUUCCUUCUUCUAAGCUGGAAUAGUUGAAAUAUCUCUGUUGACGUUUUUUUCUUAAGGUUAAUCUCGAAAAAACGAUCGCCGAGAGCCAACAGAAAAGCGACAUCAUCGCAAAACUCGAAGACACCAUAAGAGGACUUCAAGACAACAUGGCGGCUCUAGAAUCUAAACUGCGCUCUGAGGAAACCAUAAGGCGCGAACUUCACAACACCAUCCAAGAGCUGAAGGGUAACAUACGGGUAUUCUGUCGGGUACGGCCCAUGCUGGCAUCAGAAGAGAGUCAGCGAUCGUGUGCGUUUUCUUUUGGGCAAGACGAGAGAGAACUGGUGGUGGAAUCCACGUCACUGAAUGAGGUAAGGUUUGUGAUCUUAACCUUACUGUGAAUCCUCUGUGACUACUCUACUUGGCAACCAACUAUCUGACUAUGACAUUCGGUUUUCCAUCGAUUUGCGUCUGGUCGGUUCAUUUUGUUUUAAGGGAAAGACACGUUACUUUCGCGGUACCUCCCUCUCCACUCAGUUACAAAUGAGCACUGGCGAACUGUCAGUUAAGUCUGACGAAUUUUUUUGGGGGGAGGGGGGAGUUAAUCCGCAUUGGUCUGGCAACCCAUCCGUGGGGAGGAGUCGCAAUACACUUAGUCGCUCCAAGCCACAAAGACCGGAAAAAACCCGGACCACUAAGCUCGAGUGUACAUUUGACUGCAAAAUGCAAGGAGAAUUACCUCCAACAGACAAGUAGGUCUGUUAGAUCAACAUGUUAGAUCAAGAUAACAACUUCCACCUGAUGAGUUUGAGUAUUCUCAUAGCCUGUUUGUUAGAUAAUAUGUGGAUAGUGUUGGGAGAGGUUACAAGUUAAUCACUUAAAGUUAAAGGGUAAUGGAACACUCUUAGUCGCAUAGUGCUUCAGAAACCGGGAACAUACAGCCACUGGUGAAGGCUUUUUUAUGUGUCACUCAAUGAAAAAAUAUAUUCAAGUUCCCUAUGGUUCAGCAUUCCAUAACUUUGUUAAAUGAUUUUUUUUUAAAAAAAAAAACCUACCAGUAUUCUCUCUGACCCACUCGUUUUAAAAAGAAAAAUUUAUUUCUUUUUUUUGUCUUUGUAAUGGUGCCUGUUGAUUUCCUUCGUAGACUAUUUGCGGGAAUAAGAAAGCCGCACCCAAACAUGAAUUCAUGUUCGACAAAGUGUUUACGCCUUCUUCAAGCCAAGGAGAUGUCUUUGGUGAAAUCUCGCAGUUGAUUCAGUCAGCCCUGGAUGGUUACAAUGUGUGUAUAUUUGCUUAUGGACAAACGGGCUCAGGAAAAACUUUCACCAUGGAGGGAAACCACGGAGAUCAUGAGGCAAAGGGAAUGAUCCCACGGGCCUUGGAACAAGUGUUUCGGACAUCCCAAGACCUCAGAGAAAAAGGUUGGCAGGUGAGAAAUGGUUAGAUGCUUUUGUCUUUGUGAUAUAUCAUAACUUGAUUGAUCCUAUAAUUUGUAUAAAACUAUGAACUGAAAAGUGAAAUAUGGAGAAAAUUUGCCUUGAAGCUUACGGCAGUUCGAAUAUUUUUCUCUGGUUAGCUAUUAUUCAUGCCGCAAGAAACACUUUUUCCCUCAGUUUCUUCUUUCUUGCACUUAAAAAGCUCCUACGUGUAACUAGGGUCUCCUUUGACAAAAUGAAAUGCAGAAUAUUCGUGCGGCUGUUUAACCCUUUAACCCCUAAGAGUGAUUACUAACAAUCCUCUUCUAUCAGUAUCACUCCUAAAGCAAACAUUGAGGUCAUGAGAAUAAAGGAAAUGAUCACCAACUAAAGACGCUCUUGAUUAUUAAACAAAUUCUCUUUCUCAGCACCACUGGAGAUGUAUAGAGAACAGUUUGGGGAAAAUGUAUGCUGAUAUUAGAGUGUAAAGGGUUAACGAAUAGAUUCCGUGUUGCCGUGUUUCUGUUCAUUGAUAAAUCACUGGUGGAGUCAGUGUUGUGAUCUGUUACUGAACAGACCCACGGUAACAUGAAACCUAUUUGGUUUACUAUAACACAAAAGCAAACUGGUGUUGAUAGUGCAUUUGCCCUCCAAUAGAUCAUGCGUGUUUAUAUGCGUAUAUAAUUCAGCUUAUCAUACAAGGACUGGUAAUAGGACUGAGUGGAGUCCAAUACGGUCUGUUAUCAUACGAGUGAUAACAAAAUCGGACGACUGCGCAAAUCAUGGCAAAUCAAAAAAUUUAUAAUUACCGAGGAAAGAAGAAUAGCCAAGUUAUGAAAGAAAGGGAAGACUUGCAUUAAAAGACUGACAAUGGAGGCGUAAAUUGUUUAUUUGAACCCAAGGUUGUGAUUGGUUGAUUUAAACUACAACUUUGUAAAAACUUGACAAGUGUAUUAGUGGGAAAUAGGAGUUUUCUAAACCAAUCACAAUCGAGGAAAUUGUAAUUUAUUUUUGUUAAUUAUGAUACCAUCAAUCACUGGAUACGUAGCGUUCUAUUCCAGUUCAUAAACUUUCAUGAAAUAAUAGCUCUUCUUGUCGUGGACAGAGACCUCCUUUAUUUAUGUUUUCUGGUUUUUAUCUCCUGUCAGUACACGAUUGAAGCCAGCUUCCUGGAAAUUUACAACGAGACUAUCAGGGAUCUGCUGGGAUCUGGUGAUUCUAACACCAAGCAUGAGAUCAAAAUAGUGAAUCCCGGUAACACCGGAGGGGCUUGUGAGGUUACUGUCACGAACGUUAAGACUGUGACUGUCACGUCAGAAACACAGGUUAGUAACUUGCUUUAGUUUUCACAAAAUGUUUCAAGUGAAAUAUUGGACCCUUGAAAAUAAGAAAAAUAAAUAAAUAAAUGACGGCGACGAGAAUGGUGCGAAACCAAAUAUUUAAUGGGCAGAACAAUGGCUCUGCACGUGCGUUUUAAAACUUUCCAGUGGUGGAUCCAGAGGGAGAGUUCGUGGGGGGCGUUCUUGACCCCCCUUAACCAACCAAAAGCUUUUUUUUUUACCACUCGUACGACUCCAAAGCUCUUACGUCUGAAUAAUUUUUUUGUGUGAAUGUUACCACAAUUAAAGCAUAAGGGUUGGUAAUUUCAGACCGGACUCCCUAUCAAAAAUUCCUUCAUCCGCCCCUACUUGCAAGUACAUUUCCUAGCCAUCCUAUGCAGAACAUCAACUUGAAAUCAUGACAAAUAGAUCAGAAUAGUUGUAACGUUUUUACUUUUCGCCCAGGUAUACAGUCUUCUGGAAAAAGCGACUCAGAACAGAGCCGUAGCCGCCACUCAGUGUAAUGAGCGAUCAUCCCGAAGUCAUAGCGUCUUUCGACUGAAACUUGUCGGCGAAAAUCAACUCACCGGUGAAAAAUGCCAAGGUAAAGAACAUCAAAAUGAAGCAUUGCCAUCGGCUAAUUACAUGUAGAUGGAAGAAGACCUCCUCGAUCCUGGCUGGUUUUUCUAUUUCCAACUUUUGUAAUCUGUUCAACGUUAUCGCCUACUUCUAAUAAAAAAAAAAUCAUGUGACAAUCGAAAUGUUUUCAAAACAUAUUUCAACUUUUUCUCUUCAGGGACUCUGAACCUUAUUGACUUGGCAGGAUCUGAGCGGUUGAGUCAGUCUUGCUCGACUGGAGAACGUCUCCGUGAAACGAAGAACAUCAACAAAAGUUUGAGCAACUUGGGAAAUGUAAUCAUGGCGCUCGCCAAUAAAGAGCAACAUAUUCCGUACAGGAACUCCAAACUGACCUUCCUACUACAAAACUCCCUGGGUGGAAACAGCAAAAGGUAGGUGUUGAGGAAGAGAUCGAACCGGCGUGACGCCAGCGUGACGCCGGGGAAUGUGGCGAGUGUAACGGUUAGUUUUUUUUCAAAGAAAAUUGCUCUUUGAGGAUUUUAAGGAAACAGGUUAGGAACCAGGUUAUCGUUCGGGGGAGUUGUAAGUCUAUUGAUUUCGAAGAUUUACUUUUGUAACCGGUGACGAAUAGUAGUAAACUCUGUUUACAUUCUUACUUUAUUUUGUGAUCAGUUCUGCGACUCCAACUAAUCAUGGAUUUUUUUUCCUCACCAGUUUGAUGUUUGUAAACAUUUCACCUAAGGAGGAAUCACUUCAAGAGACUCUUUGCUCUCUUCGCUUUGCUACCAAGGUAAAAAAAAAUUUUCUAGACCAUCAUUUAAGUAUUUUUUGUUUGCGGUUCUUGAGAUACAAAGUUGAGUUUGAAUUUGGAAAAAAAUUCAACCCAUGCAACUCCCACAUCCGGGCUCUACGAUGCAGGACGUGAAGAAAACCUCCGUCCGUUCGGGAAAAAAUUUUGUCUCCCCGGAGAUAUACAAACCACAUCAUGAAAGAAUUCUCAUUUGCUCCACUCCAGUUUUCUGCUCGAAGCUGCGUAGUUAUUUUGAAUAGAGUUUCUUCAUUAGUUCUGAAUUGCAUCGGUUCGCCUUAUCGAGCCCUGUAAUUGGUGAAGAAAACUCGAGCCACUCUCGCCCAGUCAGAUACAAAAUUAAAACCGAGCGUGUUUGAAUUCGGUUUCUCGUUUUUUUUCCACUCAUCAGGCAUUUAGUGCGUGUUUAACUUCGAGUUAUCAGUGGUUCCUUAUGACUUAACCUUUGUUCCUAUUGGUCAUUGUAGGUGAACCAAUGUAAUAUCGGAACUGCACAAAAGAAGGUUCUCAAGUAACUCACAGACCCUGGGGAAAAAAACCAUCCUCAAGUAAUCCUAUCAUGGUUUUUUUUUUUUUAACUGUGCAAUCAUUUUAAAUACUGCAGAUAAGAGAUUUGUAGGAAUUUCUGACACGGUGUAAAUAUCGCGUUUUAGUUUUCAAGCAGAUAAAGAUUUCCUUUUUAUAAUUGUAAAUUCAUUAAUGAAAGUCCUAGUUUAAACUUGAUUGGGAGGCAGUGUUUCACAGUAACCUCCUCCUGUGACCAUCGAUGCUAUUAUUAAGUCUCUUGGACAUCGGAAUAUUGCUUCCUAUGCAAGUAAUUUUACCCUGAUUUUGAAUGCCAUGAAGUAGUAUGAGCAGCAACGCGAAGUUUGCCUCUGGAGAAGGAUAUAAGCUAAAGAUGUAUAAACUAAACAAUAUAAAUGGUGUCAAAAUGGUUGAAGUAGUUUUUGGUCUAUCGAGUUCAUCGCUUUAAGCUGUUAGGCGAAAUCUUACGACUUCUCCUUGCCCUAGAGGACUGGUGUUAUAAUUUGCUUGCGUUUUUCUGGGAAGCGGAGGCAAACGCGAAUCAAUAGCGAAGAAUGACCUACCCUUUGUGCAGACCUUGCUCUCGCUUCGCGUUUUCAUCCGCUUGCCUUAAUAUCGUUCCCAGGGCUUUUCCCAAUUUUCGAGGGAAUAGCCCCAGGAACAAGGUUGCUGCUUUCAUGGGAAAAACGCUAAAGAACAGUGACGCCUAUUCUCUUGGCUACGAAUCCGAAGGCGAGGGGAAAUUUUUUUUCAUCCUUUUCGGUUACUUUGAUCACUCAUCUGCAAACUUACCCUCAUCUGUAAGUCCUAAGACUUCCAGACUCCUCUGCCAUACCAAAACCUUUGGUCAGUAAAAACACUGCUUAGUUAGAGGAGCUGCUUUAGGUUUAGCAUCUGGAGACAUUAUCAAGUUGACCAUUAAAAUCGUCAUAACUUUUCUACAUUCU